CUUCUCCUCCUCCUCCUCCUCGCCCACUCCUCUUUGCGCCCAGCAGGUAAAUGAGGAAUCUUUGGAGCCACCUCUUGAAUGCAGUAAAGAAACCAAUAAUAUAGGAAGAAGAAAUCCUCUCAAGGUGAUGAUCUUGCAGAAUGCUUGACCUCACAGAUAAGAAAGAAAAAAGGAGUCAAGUAUCUGUAUUGCAAUAAACACCCUUAUUACUGUUGAUAUGGCAGAGAAACCCUAUACAUGCCUGGAGUGUGGACAGAGCUUCACUCGGAGUGGAAAUCUACGUUCACAUCAAAAGACUCACACUGGGGAGAAACCCUAUAAAUGCCUGGAGUGUGGGAAGAGCUUCACUCAAAGUUCACAUCUGCGAUCACAUCAGAAGACUCACACUGGGGAGAAACCCUUUAAAUGCCUGGAGUGUGGACAGAGCUUCACUCAGAAUGGAAGUCUGUAUUCACAUCAAAGGAUUCACACUGGGGAGAAGCCCUUUAAAUGUCUAGAGUGUGGAAAGAGCUUCACUCAGAAAUCAUAUCUACGUUCACAUCAAAAGACUCACACUGGGGAGAAACCAUAUAUAUGCCUGGAGUGUGGGAAGAGCUUCACUCAAAGUUCACAUCUACGUUCACAUCAAAGGACUCACACUGGAGAGAAACCCUUUAAAUGCCUGGAGUGUGGCCAGAGUUUUACUCGAAGUUCAUAUCUACGUUCACAUCAAAGGACUCACACUGGGGAGAAACCCUUUAAAUGCCUGGAGUGUGGAACGAACUUCACUGAGAAGGGAAGUCUAUGUAGACAUGAAAGGACUCACACUGGGGAGAAACCCUAUAAAUGCCUGGAGUGUGGACAGAGCUUCACUCAGAAUGGAAGUCUAUGUUCACAUCAAAGGAUUCACACUGGGGAGAAACCCUUUAAAUGCCUGGAGUGUGGACAGAGGUUUGCUACGGGUUCACAGCUACGUUCACAUCAAAAGACACACACUGGGGAGAAGCCCUUUAAAUGUCUAGAGUGUGGAAAGAGCUUCACUCAGAAAUCACAUCUACGUUCACAUCAAAAGACUCACACUGGGGAGAAACCAUAUAUAUGCUUGGAGUGUGGGAAGAGCUUCACUCAAAGUUCACAUCUACGUUCACAUCAAAGGACUCACACUGGGGAGAAACCCUUUAAAUGCCCGGAGUGUGGCCAGAGUUUUACUCAAAGUCCAUAUCUACGUUCACAUCAAAAGACUCACACUGGGGAGAAACCAUAUAUAUGCCUGGAGUGUGGGAAGAGCUUCACUGAGAAUGGACAUCUACGUUCACAUCAGCGGACUCACACUGGGGAGAAACCAUAUAAUUGCCUGGAGUGUGGGAAGAGCUUCACUCAAAGUUCACAUCUACGUUCACAUCAAAAGACACACACUGGGGAGAAGCCCUUUAAAUGCCUGGAGUGUGGACAGAGCUUCGCUGAGAAUGGAGAUCUACAUACACAUCAAAGAAUUCACACUGGGGAGAAACCCUUUAAAUGCCUGGAGUGUGGAAAGAGCUUCUCUCAGAAUGCACACCUACGUAAACAUCAGAGGACUCACACUGGGGAGAAACCUUAUAAUUGCCUGGAGUGUGGGAAGAGCUUCACUCAAAGUUCACAUCUACGUUCACAUCAAAAGACACACACUGGGGAGAAGCCCUUUAAAUGCCUGGAGUGUGGACAGAGCUUCACUCAGAAUGGAAGUCUACAUACACAUCAAAGAAUUCACACUGGGGAGAAACCCUUUAAAUGCCUGGAGUGUGGAAAGAGCUUCUCUCAGAAUGGACAUCUACGUAAACAUCAGAGGACUCACACUGGGGAGAAACCUUAUAAUUGCUUAGAGUGUUGACAGUUCUUCACUCAGAAUUCACACCUACGUUCACAUCAAAGAAUUCACACUGGGGAGAAACCCUAUAAAUUCCUGCAGUGUGGAAAGAGUUUCGCUCUGAGAGAUAUAUAAUAUAAUAAUAAAACUUUAUUUAUAGACCGCCGUCUCUCCCCAAGGGGACAAAGGGUGGUUUACACA